AACCUAUAGAAUCCCAACCCUCUCUCUCUCUCUCUCUCUCUCUCUCUCUCUCUCUCUCUCCGUUGCUUCUAUAAUCUUCUCACUCUAAAGACUACAGUGAACUUCCCUUUGAAAACUUUGAGGUUUUUUCCACUUUCAAACCAACUUUAGCAAUCAACAUGGCAGAGGCGGAGGAACCCAAGAAGCUAGAAUCCGAGUCACCCUCGGAUCCUCCACACGCUCCGACUACGGCUCCGGCGGAGAAAGAGAACCCGCUUGUGGAAGCUCCAAAAGACCCUGUGUCCCACAAGGACAAAUCUGAAAUUCCACCACCUCCUCCUCCUCCUGAAAGCAAGGCUGAGCCUGAUGAGUCCAAGGCCCUUGCUAUUGUUGUUGACAAGCCUUCGGAACCUAUUGCCGAAGAGAAAAGUAAGGAGGGUUCCGUCAAUCGCGAUGCUGUGCUAGCAAAAGUUGCAACAGAGAAAAGGCUGUCACUUAUCAGAGCAUGGGAAGAAAGUGAGAAAUCAAAGGCAGCGAAUAAAGCUCAGAAGAAACUAUCUGCCAUCGGUUCAUGGGAAAACACCAGGAAGGCAAUUGUGGAGGCUGAGCUGAAAAAGAUUGAGGAAAAAUUGGAGAAGCAAAAGGCCGAGUACGUGGAACAGAUGAAGAACAAGAUUGCUUUAAUCCACAAGGCUGCAGAAGAAAAGAGGGCGGUGGUUGAAGCUAAGUGCGGGGAAGAUCUUCUCAAGGCGGAGGAAACUGCUGCAAAGUACCGUGCCAAAGGGAAAACUCCUAAGAAGCUCCUCGGUUGCUUUUCAAGCUAAACUUAAUAUUAAGGUCCGAUGGAUUAUUUGGUUGGUUUGGAGUACAUUUGUUUUUUUAGAUGUGUUUGUUUCUUCUUCACAUAAUGGGGUCAUUGUUACUUAUUGUGUGUGUUUGCGUUUGUAAAAACUUCUGUUUCCUUAUUUUUUUGGUUUAAAGAACAACUUGUGCAGGAGAAAACCAAAAAGGAGUGAGCAAUUUUGUGUUUCUACAUAUCUGCUCAAUGAUAGAAAAAGCCUAGCCUAUACAAA